GACACGGGCUGGAAACAUCGAUUGAUCUAGAAUUAAAACAAACUUACUCCUCUGAACCUUAGUUUGAUAAACGUAUAGUACGUUUAUCGGCGCACAAACGCUCUUUCGCUUUAUUAUUCCUAGUCAAAAAGUGUUUAAUGGCGUUGUAGGAACUUGUAAAAAAUAACAGAUCGGGUUGUGUAAGCUAACUAAAGCUACAUUUAACGGGAUGGCUAACAACGCAACCGCGGGGAACCAGCAGCCGCAACCGGCCGUUAAUAAACCCACGGCUGGAAAACACGGGAAUGUUUUACCACUAUGGGGUAACGAAAAGACGAUGAAUCUGAAUCCAAUGAUUCUCACGAAUGUACUUUCGUCGCCCUAUUUCAAGGUUCAGUUAUAUGAACUGAAGACAUACCAUGAGGUUGUGGACGAAAUCUACUUCAAGGUGUCUCACGUGGAGCCGUGGGAAAAAGGGAGUCGGAAAACAGCCGGACAGACUGGAAUGUGCGGAGGGGUGCGUGGAGUCGGGACAGGUGGAAUCGUAUCCACUGCCUUUUGUCUGCUGUAUAAGUUGUUUACGCUGAAGCUGACCCGCAAACAGGUGAUGGGCCUGAUUACUCACACAGAUUCCCCCUAUAUCAGAGCCCUGGGCUUCAUGUACAUCAGAUACACGCAGCCCCCCUCAGACCUCUUUGACUGGUUUGAUGGGUUCCUUGAUGAUGAGGAGGAAUUGGACGUGAAGGCAGGAGGUGGCUGUGUGAUGACCAUCGGGGAGAUGCUACGCUCUUUCCUGACCAAACUGGAGUGGUUUUCCACGCUAUUCCCUCGGAUUCCGGUCCCAGUGCAGAAGAUCAUCGACCAGCAGCUGAAGAGCAGGCCCCGGAAGGUUCCGCAGAAAGACGGCCGAGAGGAAGAGGGGGCGGAGUCCGGGAGGCCAGGGGAACGUCGGCGCUCCAGGUCACCGAGACGGACGCCUACGCCAAGGAGAUCUCCCAACCGGUCGCGUAGUCGGAGCCACCAUCGAGACCGGCGCGGAGCCAGCUUUGACCGCGAGCUGGAGCGGGAACGAGACCGGCAGAGGAAAGAGAAAGAGGGGACGGACCGCUCCCGAGAGCGAGACAGAGACCGGGAACGCGGCUCGGACAGAGAGCGACGACGUUCCCGAAGCCCAGACAGGGACAGGCGGCGUUCCCGAAGCCCGGACAGAGGCCCGGAACGCCGACGCAGCCGUAGCAGGGAACGCCGCCGGAGCCGCAGCGCCAGCCGAGAGAGGAGGAACGAGAGGAAAGAACGAGAGAAAGAGAGGGAUGGCGAGAGGAGAAAAGAGAGAGACCACCACAAAGACCGGGAGAGGGAACGAGAGAAGGAGAGAGAGAGGUCAAAAGACAAGAGGAGUAAAGGAGAGGGGGAUGAGAGAAGACAUAAAGAAGAGAGAGAGGAGAGGAGACACAGGGAGGAGAGGAGAGGGAAGAGGAGUCGCAGCAGGAGCAGAGAACGGAAGCACAAAUCGGAACGUUCCAGCAAGAAACGCUCCCGCAGCCGGAGCCGCAGCCGACAGGAGACGGGAGAGGAGCGCAGCAGGAAACGAGAACGCAGUCACAGCAAGGAGCGCGCUCACAAACGCAGCCGCAGCCGCAGCCGGGAACGCACGCACCGCAGGGAGCCCAGCGCCGGAAAAGAACAGGGCAAAUCGGAACGGCGCCGCAGCCAAAGCGCGGAACACGGAGACGGAACACACCCCAGUCGAGCCGAAUCUCCCUGAUCCUUGUCGUCUACCGCCCCCCCCCCCCCACACACACACCCCCUCUGUUCUUCUCUCCCUUUACGUAAUCCACCUCCCGUCAGUCUUCUCUUUCCCUCCAUUUGAUGUCUAGAACCUCAACUGUGUUUAAAAGAGAAAAAAAAGCACGAGAUUGCUGGACUAUUCCCUCAUGGUUUGCUCUCAUUUCUGUAGAAUUUUUUCUGUGCUGCCAUCUUUUCCCCCUUAUGGUCACAGUGACCGGAAAAUACCUUUUAAUUCUUUUUUUUAAAUGUAUCAUUUUUUGUUUUGUUUUUGUUUGUUUUGUUUUUUUGUUUUUUUUUUGGGAAACUUUUCAAUGGCUUUGUAUAUAGAGUUGUGCGAAUGUUUUAAAUUGUACAGGGCAGUCUGAGAGAAGACUUGAGUCCACGCUGAGCCCUCAGUGCUGAACGGAUGCUGUUCGGUUCCCUGCUCUGGUCCAGUUUGUUUUCUAAUAAAAGUCUGUAUGAAAGGGGACACAACUGCUUCUCUGUGCUUGAUCCUCUUCCUUCAUCUGAAAACAAGACCACCAGACGUUUAUCGUUCCCUUUUUUUUUAU